CCGCAGUAACUGUCAAAAUCUGUUGAAGAAGCAAAUUUUCUUUAUGUACUGAGUGAAAAAUUAAAGUUUUGUUAAUAUUUCUGUGGUAUUUGAACCGCAAAAAUAGUAAAAGCCCUUAGUUGAAACGCUUGAAAUGAUGCUUUUUAUGCUGCUAUUCAGUCGUCAAGGCAAGCUGCGAUUGCAAAAAUGGUAUAUGGCUUAUCCAGACAAGACCAAAAAGAAGAUAACACGUGAGCUGGUCACAACAAUAUUAGCCCGCAAGCCCAAGAUGUGUUCCUUUCUCGAAUGGAAAGACUGCAAAAUUGUGUACAAACGCUAUGCUAGCUUAUAUUUCUGCUGUGCCAUCGAGCAGAACGACAACGAGUUGCUUACUUUGGAGAUAAUCCAUCGCUAUGUCGAGCUAUUGGAUAAGUAUUUUGGCAGUGUUUGCGAAUUGGAUAUAAUAUUCAAUUUUGAGAAAGCAUAUUUCAUAUUGGAUGAAUUGUUGAUUGGUGGUGAAAUUCAGGAGACAUCGAAGAAGAAUGUCCUUAAAGCGAUUGCCUCACAGGAUCUGCUACAAGAGGACGAAGCUGUUGAGGGCACUUUAAGAGACAUUGGACUACUCUAAAAGAAAGCCAAAUACUUAGAAUGUAGUUGAUAUAACACAUACGCAAACAAGCACGCACGCCUAUAUAGAACACACACACUUCUACACACACACGAAUACUUACACACGCAUACACACAUAAGAACUUAGCUGCAGCAAUAUUAGUGCACAACACACACACAUAUACACACUUUCAAAUUCACUGUGUAUGUUAAUAAAAACAAAAGAAAAAUCUUAUGGGUGCGCAUUAAAGUUAAACUCUACAUAAUUUUGAUUUCGAAAGCAAAAACAAAAAAGUGCAAUUAGUAUUUUCACAUAGAGAGGCUAAAACACAAAAACUAUUGUAGCGCAUCCAGCAGUCGGUGCGGCGGUGCGUCUAACACAAGCAUAUGGCGCGGUGUCGUCCUCUCAUACGUAGUCUUGAAUAAAGUUCAUGCAACAUUUACUUAACUUCUCAUAAGCGUUUAAUUGAAAAAGUAUCAUUCCGAGACCAUCAAUAAGAAAGAAAUAUUGUGUUGUUUUAUUUACUUUCUACUCCUAAAUGGGCAAUAACCGUUGAAACUAGGGAAAACAAAUGCAAUAUAUAGAAAAAGUAAGCUUUAAAUUCGAAAAA